AUGCGGCACUGUCGGCUCCGUCUCGUCAUCGGUAAGAAGAUAAUGGGCCCGAGCCGUGCAGACUCUACAAAACACUGUCUGGCUGACACGGCUGUUUUCUCUAUGGGCCGAUCUUCGCUGAAAGCUGUCAUUGAAGAUCCAGGAUUGUGUGGGCCUCGGGUUCUGAAAGGAACAGGCAUUCAGCCGGACAGUCCAGAGAAUAUGAGAAACCUGAGAGUGAAAAUGAACCUCUUCUACCAUGAGGUCGACCUGGACGUCCAGAAACUAAAGCCUGCUGAACUGAAGGAGGGGCUGGUGUGUGUGGUGUUCAGUCUGGCUCUGAAGAGUUGGUGUCGAGCUGUAGGUCGGUCGGUCUUUCAGGGGAUGGUGGAGACUCAGGCUUGGUGCUUGUUAGUAGACCACGGAGAUCGAAUCAUCGUCAGAGCAGAUGAUGUAAGAACUCCUCUUGAGAAGUUCCUGCAGCUGCCUUUCAGAGUGAGACGCUUUAAAUUGGCUGGAAUUCGUCCAAUGACACUACAGGUGCCCAUCUCAGAAAACACAGCAAGAGCUUCCACUGUUUGUAUCUGUCCGGAUCUCAGUCCAUCUUCAACAUGGGACAGCUCUGCCACAAAAUACCUGCACAAUCUAUUACAAGUGUCGACUCUGGUUGAAGCCGUUCUCUGUGAAACGCAGGCAGGCUGCUCUGCCAUUGAACUCUACUUGACUAUCAAUAAUACAAAGAUCUGUGUGAACCAUGAGCUCGUGGCGAAGAAGUUUGCCUGUUUCAUAAAUGAUAAGUCCAGUGUGAUGGGAGGAAACAGGAAUGGAGAUCGCGCUCCUGUCAGCCUGGCGUGGGACAUCUACUCCAGCCCUCACCAGCUCCUAGAAAUGAAAGGACGCUGCCCCGUCAAACCUCCACCUCCAGAUAUUUUCAGCAGAAUGGAGCGGGACGAUGAUCCACAGACAGACAUAGUUGAAGUUUCUCAUUCAGAAAAACAGAAACCACAGGUGUCAGAGGAAGCACACAUGCCAUCUCAGGUUAACCCUCGAGCUCCUAAACUGGCCCGCAAUGCUGGAACCGAUACCAUUGGCAGAGGAUGGCGUAUCAGAGCUGAGGCCACUGACGUCUUCACAGAUGAAUGCUGUGGUCAGACUCACAUACACAAGCCUCAAUACAUGUUUAACACACUUUCACAUUCAAAGCAGAUUCCUCAAUCUUUUGAAGAGAAGCAACAGAGUCCUGAUCAAAGCGAUAAUAACAGCAUUGCUGCAACACCAGCUGCAAGCUCACCAUCAUGUGCGAGUGACUCCUCUGAAGAGCAGAAAGUGGCAGCUCUCUCACAAGAGCCCAGUCUUGAAGAUCAACUGACCUCUUCUAGACUUAUGCAGUUUCUAAACCCUGAUCCACUCAAUCCAGACCAAGAGUCUCUUGAUGCCAAAGUUGAACGCUGUAAUCCGGGACACUUAGGAGUUAUAGUGCACACUGCCCUUCGUGUUGAGCCCUGCCGUAACCUGACACGUGCACCCAUCAGCGAACAGUUCAGAAAGUUCCUGUUGUGGAGAAAGUAUAAUGGACCGAAUGUAGCAGAGAGUUACUGCUGGCCCGCUGUGGCACGAGGUUUUGACACAGUACUGGUGUCACACAGCGGAGACAAUCCUCUGUCCUACAUUCCUCCUCUGCUGAUGCUGUUACAGACGGUUUCUGUCGUCUCCAGUCUCGCUGCUCGCACUGGGCCCACAGCAGUGAUCCUGUGUCCGGGCUGGGAGAAGGUUCAGACAGUGCUGGAGCUCCUGGAGGACAGUAAAGCAACUUACAACCUCCAUCCCACCAGUGUGCUGCUGGGUGUGGACCAGGAAGAGCCCAAAAAGUUCAAGAUCCCGAGGAACUGUCAGUUGCUGGUGACAACACCGUUUACCAUGAUGAGGCUGCUGGAUGCUCAGUGCUUCCUGUUCCUGAGACUGUGUCACCUGGUGCUGGAUGAGGCUGAUGUCCUUUAUUCACAAGCACCUGAACAGAUGUCAGUAAUCCUGAAGCACUUCCAGAAGGUGGUCUCUGGAGAGGAGAGGUCCUCGUGCCCCAGGCAGAUCAUCGCGGUGGGCAGCCGCUGGAGCGCUGGGAUUGAGGCUCUGGUCAGAGAACACAUGAUUUACCCCUCCGUCAUCAUAACCGUGAUGGAGGAGGCAGCACUGUACGGCAGGGUACAUCAGAGGGUUCAGCUGUGUCUGGACUGCGAUAAGAUCUCCGUUCUGCUCGGAUCUCUGGACUUCCACCCGCCCAAACCUCAGAAGAAAAUCAUCAUUAUUAACUAUUCUGAUGAGGAGGAGGAUGUUUUGUAUGGUGCUGUGGUCAACACUGCCGUUUUCACACUGAAAGCUCAUGAAGAUGUGACGGAUCAGUUCAACUUCGUCAUUGAUCAGUGGAGGAAAGACAUCAGCCGUGGAACGCAAGUCAUUCUGGUUACCACUAAUGACUGCCUUAAGGCUCUCGGCAUCCGGGACGCCACGUGCGUGGUGCAUUAUGGGUUUCCCAGCUCCCCCAAACUCUUCGGCAGCCGCCUGUUCUGCAUGUCAGAGCACUUCAGAAACCUUUCAGAUAUGGAUCAUGCCGAGAGCUCCUCUCCUGCAGCUCAGUCCGUGUUGCUGCUGUCGGAGCUGAACGCCCGUCACGUGUGUGGCGUCCUGCGGUACCUGAGGAGAAGCGGCGCUCUUCUGCCCCCUGAGCUGCUACAGUUUGCUCUGGGCGUCCAGCAGGCCAAAGAGGAGCAGAAGACAGACAGACCCCUCUGCUCCUCGCUCAAGAGUUUCGGCUUCUGCAGAGACAGCACAGUUUGUCCGGAUAGACACAUGAUCAACAAAUCCCUGGAUCAUCCAAAGCACCCUGACUCUGGGACUGUCAUGGUUUUGCCGCUGUGCAUAAAGUCAGCGAAUGUGUACUCCGGCCGCAUCGUGAGCCAGAAAGACGAUUGUUACGAGACUCUCACUGCUGAAAUGAACGCACACUACGCUAGUGAGAGACGCUGUGCUGUGGAAGUGCUGAAGGGAGAGCUUUAUGCCAUUCAAGAGGAGAACAUCUAUAACCGGGUGCGUGUGAUGGAGGUGCCGGACAAAGGAGAGCAGCUGUUCAGCAGCGUCACUGCCUGCUUCAUAGAUGAGGGCCGCACACAGGAAGUGAAAUCACACCAGCUUCUCCAGCUUCCUCCUCAGUUCCAGGAUUUGCCCGGGCAGGCUGUGGAGCUCAUCCUGUGCAGAGCGCAGCCCGUCGACGGGGAGGUGGACUGGAACCCGAAGGUGACCAGAGCCAUCAGUCAGAAGAUCAGAGGGAAGCUGCACCAGGCCAGGGUUGUGAUGAGUGUGGGAAAUACUGUCUGGGUUGAUCCUAUGGUGCGCAUGACACGUGUUCCUGGACUGAAGACCUACAUUAAUGAGUAUAACGUCCAUGCUGAGAUCUUGGCCUCUGGGUUUGGUGUCAAUAAUCCUCAGCACUUGGAGCUGCUGAAGAGAGUUUUCCAGGGAGACGAGAACGCAAGCACGCUCCAGCACUUGACAGAUGACAGGUUUGAGAGCCCUUCGUCAUCCUCACAGCAGAGAGUUGAGGUUAUAGAAGACGUUCUGACCAGUAAGAUGAGGGAUUUAGUCAGCAGUCAUAAUGCCAUGGAGUUCAGGCAAACUCCCAUCAGCCCCCAGAACAACAGUGCUGUCCAGUGCAAUGGAGUCCUGAAGGACACUGAUGAUGAUGAUGAUUCUUCAGAGGGAAGCAUGAAUAUCGUGAGUAAAUGUGACCGUUCUUUAAAAGAAUACAACAGCAAAUUGCAGACAGUCAGUGAACCACAGAAUUCCCACAAUCCAGCCCCUUUCUUAUUCCAGCCUACCAGUUUUCACCCACAGAUCAAAUGGUUCCAGAGGGGCGAGCUGGUCACGAUCUACAUAAAGCUCAUCAGUCCAGUGAUGCAGAAGUGUGAAUUCCACUCAGACGCUGUCAUUUACAGUGGGUACGUGAAUGACCGGCAUUACUAUACAAAGCUUGAGCUGUCCGGUGACAUCAUCGCUGAGGAGUCCUCAUGGGAAAUAAGAUGCAAUGAGCCUGUGAUGAAGCUGAAGAAAAAGGAAAAGCGGGACUGGAGUUUACUCCUCAAACACAAGAGCCAGUUUGUCAGCUAUGAAUUUGACUACAUUGAUGAGACUCGUGUUUCUUCAGUAAAUGGGCACUUGUUCCUGGCUGAGGUGGGAGAGGAGGGCUGUUACGUCAGCUCUGAGAGCGACAGUGACUGAAGACAACAGAUCCCAAAUACUCAACUCUUGUACACUACAUUCAUUAGCUGAAAUACAGAACCAUUUCAUUGUCCAAUUAUCAUAAUAAUAAUAAUAAUUUUCAGUAUUUGUUUUGGUUAUGCCUUGUCUUUUGAAUGGCUUUUUUAAAGGAGCACUCCCCUAGAGUUAAACGGUUGAGUUUUACCGUUUUCGAAUCCAUUCAGCCGAUCUCCGGGUCUGGCGGUAGCACUUUUAGCUUAGCUUAGCAUAGAUCAUUGAAUCGGAUUAGACCGUUAGCAUCUCGCUCAAACAUCGUGUGCUAAGACCGACAGAAAAUUAAAAGUUGCUAUUUCUAGGCCGGGGUUAGGCAAGUUCGGUCCUAGAGAGCCGCAGUCCUGCAGAGUUCAGCUCCAACUCUAAUCAAACACACCUGAACAAGCUCAUCAAUGUCUUCAGGAUUACUGAGAUACAGGCAAGUGAGGGUUUUUCCACGGUUGGAGCUGAACUCUCCAGGACAAACUAGCUGAGGACUAUUUUUUUGGGGACUAAUAUCAUUGCGCCUGCUGCACCCGUGUACGGCAGCAAAGCUCCUUGAUUAUUAUGCAGGAUUGAGAGUAUAGUUCCUAGCCAUAUCGGCCUAGAAAAGCGCAACUUUUCAUUUUCUGUCGGUCCAAGUGCACGAUGUAACUACAGAAGAGUCACGUUUUAAAUAGGAAAAAUAU